AUGGUGAUGGCUACAACUAUAUCAAUCUACGCUAGUCCACCUAGCAGCGCGUGCUCCACGCCGCACCAGAUCACCGCCUCUGAUCUCGAUCCCGCCUCCAGAAACUUGUCGACAUCUCCUUCUAAACCGAUCGUCGUCGGAGGUCUCUCUUCGCUCUUCUCCGCCAAAGCAGACGACUUUUCUCCUUUCCGCCACCAUGAUCGAAGCGAGGAUUGUAAAGAUCUGAGCUUUACGAGCUCCUUCUGUUAUUCUCCGGCGAGACUUCAUCACCACCGACGAGAGCACCACCAAAGCCCGAUCUCGGUCCUUCACGGUCCCGUCUCGUGCAGCUGCAGCCCGCCGAUGAGAAUCGGAAGCUCCCACCGCGCAGGAGGAGGAGCUAACGGAUUGUUCAGUAGGUUCGUGAGGAAAGCCGUUGGCUCGUGUGUUGAUUACGAGCUGGGACCACCGUCGGAUGAGCUAACGUUGUUUCCGAUGGAGGAUGGAUCGGAGACGAAACAGCCGUACGCUAUGGAUUUGCUCAGACGUGCUCAGCUUAGGCACAAGAUUUUCGAAGAUGAGUGUGUCAUCAAAGCGUUUUACGAGGCAGAGAGAGCUCAUAGAGGACAGAUGAGAGCUAGUCGUGAUCCUUACUUGCAGCAUUGUGUUGAGACUGCUAUGUUGUUGGCUAACAUCGGAGCUAACUCAACCGUUGUCGUCGCUGGGCUUUUACACGAUACUAUGGACGAUUCAUUCAUGACCUACGAUUAUAUCCUCAGAAACUUUGGAGCUGGUGUUGCUGAUUUGGUCCAAGGGGUUUCAAAGCUUAGCCAACUAAGCAAACUCGCUAGAGAGAACAACACAGCGUGUAAGACCGUCGAAGCUGAUAGAUUGCAUACGAUGUUUCUUGCAAUGGCCGAUGCGAGAGCUGUUCUCAUCAAACUAGCAGAUCGUCUCCACAACAUGAUGACGCUUUACGCUUUGUCCCCAGUGAAGCAGCAGAGGUUCGCUAAGGAGACUCUCGAGAUCUUCGCGCCUUUGGCUAACCGGUUGGGAAUCUCUAAAUGGAAAGUUCAGCUUGAGAACCUCUGUUUCAAGCAUCUUUACCGGCACCAGCAUGACGAGAUGUCAACCAUGCUUGAGGAUUCGUUCGACGAAGCCAUGAUUACUUCUGCGAUAGAGAAACUGGAGCAAGCUCUGGAGAAAGAAGGCAUUUCUUACCAUGUUCUGUGUGGUCGGCACAAGAGUUUGUAUAGUAUUUACCGCAAGAUGUUGAAGAAGAAGCUAACGGUGGAUGAGAUUCAUGACAUUCAUGGGUUACGUUUGAUUGUUAACAACGAAGGGGAUUGUUACAAGGCCUUAGGAGUAGUUCAUAGUUUAUGGUCUGAAGUUCCUGGGAAGCUAAAAGAUUACAUAACUCAUCCCAAGUUCAAUGGGUAUCAAUCUUUGCACACGGUAGUGAUGGACAAUGGAACGGUUCCACUUGAAGUCCAGAUACGUACACAAGAGAUGCAUUUGCAAGCUGAGUUUGGGUUUGCAGCUCAUUGGAGGUACAAGGAAGGGGACUGCGAAUACUCUUCGUUUGUACUUCAGAUGGUUGAAUGGGCUCGGUGGGUUGUAACGUGGCACUGCGAAACAAUGAGCAAAGACCGGUCUUCCAUUUGUUCUUCUGACUCCAUCAAACCCCCUUGCAAGUUUCCUUCUCACUCUGAGGACUGCCCUGCUUCUUACAAGCCUAACAGUAGCCAGGACGGGCCAGUCUAUGUCAUCGUAAUCGAAAAUGACAAGAUGUCUGUGCAAGAGUUUCCAGCGAGUUCAACAGUCUCGGAUCUGCUGAGCAGGGCGGGGCCUGGGAGCUCGAGGUGGUCCAUGUAUGGCAUACCAGCAAAGGAGGAGCUACGGCCUAGGCUAAACCAGAGGCCUGUAAGCGACCUCAAGUGGAAGCUGAAGAUGGGUGAUGUGGUGGAGCUGACUCCACCUAUUCCUGAUGAGUCUCUGCCUGAAUACAGGGAAGAGAUUCAACGGAUGUAUGAUCGAGGGCUCGCGUUUUCUCGCCCCGGGACCAUGGUUGGAUGGGGAAGCUGAUUAGUCCCUCUCUGAUUGUUGAUUUAGUCCGUGCAUAUGUAAUGUAUAUAAUUGUAAUGAUUAGUUUUGUUGUACAUAACAAUGGUUCUGUUGAUUCAAUGCAAGCUGAAAAGAAUUUAAUGGAAAUUUCAAAAUUUGA